AUGCCGUUGUUGGAUGCUAUGCAAGUGCCAACGUACGCACGUUAUCUCAAGGACAUCCUCAACAACAAGCGACCACUACCAACAACCGAGGUGGUCAAGCUGACGGAGGAAUGCAGCAACAAAUUCGACCUGGCGCUCUGCGAUCUUGGGGCAAGUGUAAGUGUCAUGCCCAAGGAUGUCUUUGACAAGCUCAACUUCACGGUGUUGACACCAACACCGAUGCGCCUUCAAUUGGCUGACUCAUCGGUUCACUACCUAGCUGGGAUAGCGGAAGACGUACCGGUCAAGAUACGAGAUUGCUUUAUCCCGGUCGACUUCGUGGUGCUAGACAUAGACACUGGCAAGGAGACACCGCUCAUCCUGGGGCGUCCGUUCCUGAGCACUGCGGAAGCAAACAUUGAUGUCGGAACGGGAAGUAUCCGUUUCCGCAUCAACGGGAAGGAGGAGAAGUUCGAGUUCCAGCCAAGGACGGAACAAUGCUCCAUGUUCCGAAUAAAGUACGGGCCAGCCCCGUAG